AGUGUCUCUUGAAUAUGAAAGUGAAACUGUUUCUGAUAAAAACCAUCUCUCCCUCAAGCCGUGUACUUUUUCACUUUCUUUUGGGCAUCAAAGAAGGUUCACACACCAUUAUGCUUCAAUCCACAAUGGAACACAGAGAGGUGCCAAGAUUGAUGAAGUACUACACCAUCACCACCGGCAAUACUAUGGAUUCUCAUAUCCAGUUUAUGCAACAACUUGGAGUAGGCUUCACUGAAGUGAUGUCACCAGAGCAGAGUGAUAUCAUCGUGGCUUUCUGUCCCAUCGUCUCUCGUGCUGGUACUGAUUUUGAGGCAGCACAGCAGCAGAUUCCAGAGGGUAAAGAUGUCAUUCUGGUAGUCCUGCAUCAUUAUUUUAACCCAGACUGCACUGCACCUGACAGCAGCAGACUAGUGACCAGAAGUGAUGUAAUACUCACAGUGGACUGUCUGUUCCAUGAGAGUAAGGGAGGACUACUGAACUGUCCUCGCAACAAAGCAGCAGUUGGUAAAAUUCGGAACCGGCUGAACAUGAAGCCAAAGACCAAAGACCAGAUGGACAGUGGGUGGACGAUUUUCUCUGUCUGUUGUACAAUAGUUGUAAUCUUGUCCAUUGGGACUUUUUUAAAGAAAAUUAUUUCAGAGAAAUAUGCUUAGCUUUUUGGCUGCAUGUCUGUUCCAACAGUGAAUCAAUGAUAACCUCACAACUGUGGAAGUGGGGCCAAUUCUAAACAUGUUUCCCACCAGAUAUACAUUUUCUGAUGUGAUAUCCUUCAAAAAUAGUAAAAGAGCAUAGAGGACUUGC